GCGCAAGCGCAGCGCCCCUGUUUGUCGGCCCCCGAGGAGGGAGGAGGUGCCGUGGAAGCCAAGACCAAGGCCGAGCCGGAGCUAACCCGACUUAACACGGGCCUGAACGGACAGAGCGGUCCUGGAGUGGAUUCUGGAGGCCUCGUAUUGAGUUCAAUGCUAGCCCGGCCGCAGGGCCUACGGAGCGGACCGGCCGACGUACUGAAGCCUCCCAGGGCCUUCGCUCGGGUCCCCGGCACGGGACCUAGGCUCCGGCCCGGCGAAAAGGCCCGGCUGUUCCCCUGAGGACCGCAGUCCGACUCCACCGGAACCGGAGCCGUCAGCGGGGCCGUAGUAGGCCAGUGUGACCAGGCCGAGGCCGGGCCUCCCGUCGGGGCCGACAGGGACGAGGCCCCGGGGAGGCCCCUAGCCCCACCUCUCUCACCUUCCUCCAGGCCCACGCCAGCCAGGAAGAUGCAUCGCGCCCUCCCGGGCGCCCGCCAACACUUGGGGGCCGUGUUGGCCAGUGCCAGCGUGGUGGUGAAGGCGCUGUGCGCGGCCGUUCUAUUCUUGUAUCUGCUCUCCUUCGCCGUGAACACGGACUGCCUAGCAGUUACCCCAGGCUACCUCUUUCCUCCCAACUUCUGGAUCUGGACCCUGGCCACCCAUGGGCUGAUGGAGCAGCACGUGUGGGACGUGGCCAUUAGCCUGGCCACGGUGGUGGCGGCCGGCCGUUUGCUGGAACCCCUCUGGGGGGCCUUGGAGCUGCUUAUCUUCUUCUCGGUGGUGAAUGUGUCCGUGGGGUUACUGGGGGCCUUCGCCUACCUUCUCACCUACAUGGCUUCCUUCAAUUUGGUCUACCUGUUCACCAUCCGUAUCCACGGUGCCCUGGGCUUUCUAGGUGGGGUCCUGGUGGCUCUCAAGCAAACCAUGGGGGACUGUGUGGUCUUGCGAGUGCCGCAGGUGCGGGUCAGUGUCGUCCCCAUGCUGUUGCUGGCGCUGCUGUUACUGCUGCGACUGGCCACUGUGCUCCAGAGCCCCGCACUAGCUUCCUACGGUUUUGGGCUGCUUUCCAGUUGGGUGUAUCUUCGCUUCUACCAGCGCCAUAGCCGGGGCCGAGGGGACAUGGCUGACCAUUUUGCUUUUGCCACUUUCUUCCCCGAGAUCCUACAGCCCGUGGUGGGGCUGCUGGCGAACUUGGUCCAUGGCCUCCUAGUGAAGGUCAAGAUAUGCCAGAAGACAGUCAAACGCUAUGAUGUGGGAGCCCCAUCCUCCAUCACCAUCAGCCUCCCAGGCACAGACCCUCAAGAUGCUGAGCGGAGAAGGCAGCUGGCUCUGAAGGCUCUCAAUGAGCGGCUGAAGAGAGUGGAAGACCAGUCUGUCUGGCCCAGUAUGGAUGACGAUGAAGAGGAUUCUGGGGCCAAAGUAGAAAGCCCCCUGCCCUCAGAAAAAGCCUCCACACCCCCAGGGAAGGGGACUGCCCCCGAAUCCAGUCUUAUCACCUUCGAGGCAGCUCCCCCAAAGCUGUAACUCCAGAUCACCUUGAGUAUAAGACCUCCGCUCCCAGAUCCCUUGAUGCCUCUCAGCUACUCCAGGGCUCUGACUGCUCUGCGAGGGAGGAAGGCCUGCCGGGGGCUUCCACAGCCUUCUCCCGUGUGUCUCGCCAACACUACCCAGGACCCAUGCUUCCUGGUUCCAACUCCAGACAACCACUAUGCCAGGCCUGGGACCUCUGGAGGCAUCAGCCAGACCAGGCCCCCACAUGAGGUAAGAUUGUACCUCAGCAGGAAGCCCCAAGUAAAUGGCUGCAGGGACACUGGUGCCACAGCUCCUGAGCUGGUCCUCAUAUUUGAAACUGGUUGCCAAGAGCCCUGAGCCAAGGCAAGGAUCUGCAUUUGCCAAAAAAUGUUCUGAGGGCCCCGCCAGUGCAGGAGACAGCGCAGGGCUAGACAUCCCUGCCCUCCCCCAGAAAGACUGUUCAUGUCAGGAUUUCUUGUUUCCCUCUGCUGUGGCAGUGACUGAUUCCAGGCCAGGACAACCACAGCCUCCGGGUAUUUUCUACAGGACCACUUGAGUGGGCAGCUCUGCCCGGCCUCAUAAUAUCAAUAAAGCAGUUCUUUGAGGUAUGA